UUCUCUCUCGAAAUGUAUAGUGAAAUCCUCAAAGUAUGAGCCUUUUCUUUCUCUCAUUUUCAACUAAUGAUUUGUCUCUUUAAAGAGGAGCGUCUUGUUUGCACGAUCACAGAAACGACAACACGACUCAUAAGCUUUCUUGGCUUUUGAGUAGUGAAAUUUUUUUUUUUCCUUUUUAAAGGGGUUUUUUAGAAUCGUCAAAAUUGAAUUACCUGUGAAACCCAUUUCAGUUUUUCAGCUUAAACAAAGAGAGGAACCUCUCGAACUUUUGAGGGUAAUUGAUUUUAUAGUGGGAAGGUUAUUAAAUUUGAGGUCCACUUUCUUUGUGUGUGUGUGAGAGAGAGAGACCAUAUACAGUGAAAAAGUUUCAGUAUUGAGCUCAAACUGAAGAACCCCUUUGAUAUCUGUGAUUAUCAAUGCUGAAAUUUGGUGUAGAAGUUUCAGUUUUGAGCUUUGCUAAACUCAUCUAGAGUUCUCUGUUUUCUGGAGCAUAUGUUUUGGUGUAGAAGUUAUAAAUUUGAGCUUUGAUUGACUAAUUUAGGAGUUCUCUGUUUUCUGGAGCUUAUGUUUUGGUGUAGAAGUUUUAAUUUUGAGCUUUGAUUAACUAAUUUAGGAGUUCUCUGUUUUCUGGAGCUUAUGUUUGGUGUAGAAGUUUCAAUUUUGAGCUUUGAUUAACUAAUUUAGGAGUUCUCUGUUUUCUGGAGCUCAUAUUUGGGUGUAAAAGUUUCUAUUUUGAGCUUCGAGAAACCUAUUUAGAGUUCUCUGUUUUCUAGAGCUCAUGUAAUGGUGAAAAGGUUUAUUUUUGAGUUAUAAACUUGGGUUUAGUCAUUUUAUGAAAAAACUCCAUUUGUAAGUUCAGGGAUUUAGAGUUUAAUCCAUGGAAGCUUGGAGUUUCUGAGUUUAUAACUGUUCAGGGUAUUGUGUAUAAGGGGUGAGGAGUCUUUGUAGUUGUUCAUAAUGGGGGAGGAAAAAUCAUCAGAGAAUAGAGUGAAAACUUCAAAAUUUGCUGAUCAAAAUAAGGCACCAAAGGGAAGUUAUAGCAAUGUAAAAGGGAAUAACAAUAUGUCAAAGGUGAGAUCUUCUUGGGGUUCUCAAAUUGUGAAGGGUUUCUCAGGGGAGAAAAAAACCAAGUUGCAGACCAUAAUUCAUGCCAAGAAAGAGUUGGUUCCUGGCAACGAAAACUCGAACCAGAAGAACUCUUCUGGGAUUUCGCAGCCAAGGGUAAAGAGGUCUCUAAUGGGAGACUUGUCAUGUUCAGUCGUUUCCUCUCAAGUUCAUCCUCAAACAGUUAACAUUCACAGGACUAAAUCUUCCGGUUCGCGUGAUCUAUUCAAUGAAAUUGAUCAUUUGAGGAACUUGCUACAAGAAUCAAAGGGGAGGGAAAUGAAAUUGCAGGCUGAAUUAUCUGAAUUUAAGAGGAGUCCAAAGGUGGUUGAGCUCGAGAGGGAACUCGAACUGAAGAAGAGUGAGAUUAAUAGCUUUGCCAAGAAAGUUGAAUUGAUGGAAUGUGAAAAGGCAGUCCUUUCUCAUCAAUUAAGUUCAUUGACUGCUGCUCGAGAGAGACAAGAUACGAAAUCCAAUAAGGAAGAUUUCAAAAGCGUGACUAGUUUGGAAAUGGAGGUUGUGGAGUUGAGGCGCUUGAAUAAGGAACUCCAGCUUCAGAAAAGAGAUAUUUCUUGCAGGCUGUCUUCCAUGGAGUCCCAGCUAGCCAUUGUUGGAAAAGUUCCAGAGGGAGAUACAAUUGAGCAUAUUAAAGCGGAGGCUUCUUUGUUGAGACAUGAAAAUGAAAACCUUUGCAAACAAGUUGAGGGUCUUCAAAUGAGUAGGUUGAAUGAGGUUGAGGAGCUUGCCUACUUGAAGUGGGUGAACUCAUGUUUGCGAGAAGAGUUGCGCAGCUGCUCGUCCAUGACAUGUGAUAAGACUUCUAGCCCUCAUGGUAGUGAGAAAAGUAGGGAAUCACUUUGCUUGUCUUAUGAUCAUAGUGAUGAGGACUCAAAAUGUAGUAGUGCGAGGAGGUUAAGCCUCGUUAAGAAGCUAAAGAAGUGGCCUAUUACUGAUGAAGAUAUGCAACAAGUAGGGAGCCCGGAUAAUAUCAUUAAUCAUAGUUGGGAGGAUACACAAAGUUCUACUCGCAGGCACUCGAUAAGUGGAUCAAAAUUUUGUGUUGAGGACUUGAUUUUUAAUAAGAGAAGGCAAUCAGAUGUCUUUAUGUGUUCCAAGGAAGUGGAAAAGGAGAUUGAGCCUAUUGUUUCCCAACAUAAAUUAACCAAUCCUUUGGAGGUCGAGAAACGUGUCUUGCGGAUUCCUAAUCCCCCUCCAAGGCCUUCAUCUGUUGCUCUAAUUGAAGAAGAUGGAGAAAAUUCUGUUCAAGUUCCUGGUCCUCCUCCACCACCUCCCCCGCCUCCUCCACCACCACCUCCAAAACUUAUGGCGAAAACUACAUCAGGCAUGGUACAGAGAGCUCCUCAAGUUGUAGAAUUUUAUCAUUCACUGAUGAAGAGAGACUCGAGGAAGGAUUCAUUAAAUGGAGGAGUAUGUGAUGCAUCAAGUGUUUCAGACGUUCGUAGUAGCAUGAUCGGUGAAAUUGAGAACAGAUCAUCAUAUUUGCUGGCUAUAAGGGCAGAUGUUGAAACUCAAGCAGAAUUUGUGAUUUCCCUGAUAGCAGAGGUCAAUAAUGCAGUUUAUUCAGACAUCGAGGACGUGGUUGCUUUUGUGAAAUGGCUAGAUGAUGAACUUUGCUUUCUGGUGGAUGAAAGGGCAGUACUAAAGCACUUUGACUGGCCAGAGAGAAAAGCAGACACACUAAGGGAGGCAGCAUUUGGAUAUAGAGAUCUCAAGAAGUUGGAGAAUGAAGUUUCAACUUACAAGGACGAUCCUCGAUCGCCAUGUGAUAUUGCACUAAAGAAGAUGAUUUCUUUGUCAGAGAAGAUGGAACGUAGUGUCUAUAACCUUCUUCGGACAAGAGACUCAUUGAUGCGCCACUGCAAAGAGUUCAAAAUCCCCACACACUGGAUGCUUGAUAAUGGGAUAUUAAGCAAGAUAAAGUUUGGCUCUGUGAAGUUGGCUAAGGUGUACAUGAAGAGGGUAGCUGCGGAGCUUCAGUCCAAAGGACCAUUAGAUAAAGACACUUCCAUGGACUACAUGCUACUCCAAGGAGUGAGAUUUGCUUUCCGGAUUCAUCAGUUUGCGGGAGGAUUUGAUGCAGAAACUAUGCAAGCUUUCGAGGAGCUACGAGGCCUAGCACUUUCAUUAAACAAGAAAUAGAAGAUAAAGAUUUUUGUGAUGAAGUACAAUUUUGAUAGAGGGCUUACCAUCUCAGUAACCAUCAAUCCAAGUAUUGACACAUAUGUAUUAGAGAAAAAAUAGGUCAAAUAUGGUUGACAUCAAUGAUAUUCCUUAUCAUUGAUAAUUGGUUCAUGUUUUUGUAUCCAAUUUUUUGCUUUUGGUUUGAUGGAAGUAGAAAGAUCAGAUCUCAAGUUUUCAGUAUAUUCUAUAUAAAGAAAGCUUGGUGAAAAAGCUAGAACUUUUAUGCAAGUUUUCUAUCAAUAUACUAAUUGGCUUGAUGAAAUAACAUAUAAUUCCAACAUUAUCUUUGGACCUUAA